UCUGUUUGUGUGUAUGUGUAUGCGUGUGUUUAUUUUAUUUAUUUUUUUUACCCGAAUGGCUAAUACAUUGUAAUUUACAGAUUGCUUUUACCUGAUGAGUCACUAGUCAUAGUCGCCGAGCUGAAUACACGGGACGAGAAUGAAAUGCACUACAGGAGUCGGUCGUGUUGUGUGCGUGUGUAUGUUGUUUUUUGUCCGCAUGCCCAAUGCUGCUCAGUGACACUAGUGUCCACGAGCUGUGUGGAUUAGUUAACAAAAACUGCGUGUUAACGGAAAGGGGCUUCAGUGUGCUAUGGAGACGAGCUGAAGAGAAAAACGCGCUUUUUGGGGAGACCGGGGACUGUAUGGAAACAUGGCAGUCAUGAGGUCUGUCUUGAAGCUACUUGGCUGAUCUGAGCCCUUCAGCCCAUACCUAGUGUGCACCUGUGAAGUCCUUUGGGCAAGUGAGCCCUAUUUGAAGUGGCUCCUUCAUGGCAGGGGAGAAGAGCCGUCGCAGCGUCAUGGACAUUAAGCGCCUGGCGAGUCUUCUGCAGCGUGGGGCCGGCCGCCUGCUUGUCAUCGACAGCCGCACCUUCUCUGAGUACAAUGCUUCGCACGUGCAUGGAGCUGUCAAUGUCUGCUGUUCUAAACUUGUCAAGAGGAGACUGCAGCAGGACAAGGUUUCCAUCACGGAGCUCCUACAACCCAACGGCAAGGUCAAGGUCGAUCUGAGCAGGAGACAUGAGGUGGUGGUGUACGACCAGAGCACUAAGGACGCUGGACAACUUUCCAAAGAUGGCUUUGUCCACAUUCUACUGAGCAAGCUGGAUGGGACAUUCCACAAAGUGUCCCUGCUUACAGGUGGCUUUGCAGCAUUCUCCUCCUGCUUCCCAGGUCUUUGUGAAGGGAAGCCAGUGGCCACCCUACCCAUGAGCCUGUCUCAACCCUGCCUGCCUGUGGCUAAUGUAGGCCCCACCCGCAUUCUACCCCAUCUCUAUCUAGGAUCCCAGAAGGAUGUACUUAACAAGGAUCUGAUGGCCCAGAAUGGCAUCACGUAUGUGCUUAACGCAAGCAACACGUGUCCAAAACCUGAGUUCAUCUCGGAGAGCCACUUCAUGCGAAUUCCUGUCAAUGACAACUAUUGUGAGAAACUCUUACCCUGGCUGGACAAAACGAAUGAGUUCAUCGACAAAGCCAAGGUUUCCAACUGCAGAGUCAUUGUCCAUUGUUUAGCUGGCAUCUCUAGGUCUGCCACUAUCGCUAUUGCUUACAUCAUGAAGACAAUGGGCUUGUCAUCGGAUGAGGCAUACAGGUUUGUUAAAGAUCGCAGACCUUCAAUUUCACCAAACUUUAACUUCCUGGGCCAGCUGCUUGAGUUUGAAAAGGGUCUCCAUCUGCUGAAGGCACUGUCUACAGGUCAGGAGAAGAAUGAGCAGCCCAACAAGGCAGAGGAUCCAAAACAUGAAACCACCUUCAAACCAGACAGAGCUCGUCUAGAUGGUGAGUCAGAGAUCUCAGAGACAGAGACAAAGAUGCCUUCUCCCUCGUCACUCCAGCAGGGCUUCAAUGGUCUCAAUCUGUCAGCUGAGCGCAUCCUGGACACCAACCGCCUCAAGCGCUCCUUUUCGUUGGACAUAAAGUCUGUCUACACACCCAACCAGUGUCCCCACCUCAUGCCUAUUCAUGUUGGGGAUGUCCCCAAGCUUUGUAAACUUGACAGCCCCAGUCCAGGGUCCUCAAAUGGCGUGUGCCAAUUGUCUCCAUGUUCAGACAGCCCAAGCUCAGCUGAUUCGCCAAGCCCGGUGGCUGAGAACUGUGCAAAGGUUCGCUUGCGCAGGAAAAACAAGCACAGUGGAGCAAACUCACCUGUGCAGUCUCUGAACCUAAGCUUUGGUCAUUCGCUGUCUGGGCACAAGAGUCCAAGCUUGGAUGAGAACCUGAAGUCUGCAAUGUUGCUUGGGCUGCCUGUAGCUGGCACUGGCCCCAUGUGGACCAAACACAGAGACACUUCACAAGCUACCACACCAGUCACACCAACAGGCGAUGCCCCUUGGUUUUAUGAGUCACUGACUAGCACGGGGAGUGGGUCGGCAUCAGUACAUUUUGCUCCACUGGGCUGUAGUGCUCUCCCAGGACCAUGUGAGGCUGUCCGGUUACGUCAGAAGGCAGGAGAGGUACGGGAGUCCCGAGCUAGCUGGCAUGAGGAUACAUCUGGCUCUGCUGCUGGAAGUGACAAACAGUUUAAACGACGCAGUUGUCAAAUGGAGUUUGAAGACGGAAUCUCAGAUACACGUUCAAGGGAGGAGCUUGGCAAGAUUGGUAAGCAGUCCAGCUUCUCAGGCAGUAUGGAAAUUAUUGAGGUGUCCUGACAGAUGCACUGUUCCAUGGGACUGACGGGCAUGGAGAUGGGCAGGUGCCACUUACAGGUGAGGGAGUACUGAGGGACAGAAUGGCAAUGGCUGACUGAUUCCUGACUUUUUUAGGAUCGUUUUAUUUUAGUGUGUAGGACUGUGAGAAAUCGAUUUUGGAUUUUUAUGUUUGUUUCUGAGACUCAAAGCCAGUUGAGCUGGAUGCAGGCAGACUUCACGCUGUCUCUGUUUUUUUUUUUUGGUUUUGUUUUGUUUUUUUAAGCCAUCACCAUCCCAGAACAAUUUGGGAGGAAUAAGGACAGAACUGUUGUAUUUGAUUGCAGAAUCCAACUCUUAGUGUACAUGAAAUUUUCGUCUCCAAAAAAAAAAAGCUUUACCAGCCUCACAGUGUAUUGAGAUUAAAGCAUGGCUCAGUGUCCUCUGGUCACACUUGCAUCUGGUAUUAUUCUCACACAGACUCGGUGAACUUACACAUCCACAGCGCAAGGGCCUUUGCUGGCACAUCUGAAGCCCUGGUAUAGACUUGUGCUGAACAGAUGAAGGCUUCUUUGUGCAUUGCUUUUGUUCCCCCCCAGCUCCUGUAUGCCAGUAAAUAAUCCUGGAGGAGGAUGCAGGAACGUUAUGAAAAAAAGCAUUGUGGAAGUUUUCCUGCAGUGCCUACUGUAAUUUUUUUUCUCUGUGUUUGUUCUUUACCUUUUCCCUGAUUUCAACCCCCACACACUGUACAACGGGUGGGCACAAAAGGAACUACAACCCACCUUUCUUACACUGAGCAUGCUGCCGUUUCUGAGGCUGCUGGUUUCCCUACAGAUGAAUAUUAUACACACCAUGCAUAGCUCUCUUAAUGGACGUUUCAAAUUUUUGGGGUUCUCUAUUGUAGUUUAAUUUAUUUUAUCUGUUCAUUCUGGUAAUGAGAAAUAAUAUAAUGAUUGUUGAUCCUUUUUUUUUUUGGUGUUGACCUCAGUUUUUGACUUAAAGGUAUUUAUGAACUCAUUCACAAAACUGAUGUACAACUGCAAGCAAUAUAUCCUCUUUUCUUCAUCUUUUUUUUAUUUUCAACUCUUAAGGGAGAGUGAAUGUUGAAAUGAAUCUAUCUGGUAUUUUUUUAAUGCACUUUCUGUUGCGUUAAGAAAGAGACGAUGAAGAAAAUCUCAUCACAAGGGUACCACAAAUCUUUUACAAACCCUGAUGCAUUACACUACACCUGUGCUAGACUUUCACAUGCUGGGACUGUUCAAGGAUCUGUUCAACUUUUAAGCUCCAAAAUAAAAAAAGCCUGUAAGCAUGUAUAAUCUAAACUAAUAGGAAUAUCCAUAUGAAAUCCUGGCUUCCUGAAAUGGUUGUUUAAAGAAAUUAUCUUAAGGAAUUGAGCUUUUUAUCUAUAAGCACAUACGUGAAAAUGUUGAAAGACUCUGAAGGAGUAACGUUUGUCCCCCUUUUUUUUAAUUAAUAUUUAUGUUAUUUAUUGUGAGCUUGGGCCUGUUUAUGGAUGGAGUGUGAAUGACUAACGACAGUGGACCUUUUGAACCCAAACCAUGAAACAGAUGACUAUUUUUGAUUGAGGCCGAUCUUGAUUUCCUUGUUUCCUUUAUUUGCAUGGGAUAUUAAAAGUAACUUAAAAGAUUUGUUCCAAAUUAUGGUAAUAGCUCAAUUUAUUAGCUGUGCCCACCAGUCAUAUAAAUUAAUUCAACUCACCUAUCUCUAUUUUUACGAAGGUUUGUGUUAGGUUAGAUGAAGGCAACAUUGAUGUAGUGUGGUAGAAUGAUGGCACAUGAUGCUCCAGUUCAGCUCAGGGGAAGUGCGCACAAUUCCCAUCUCUGAGCUUUGGAUACCUGCACAACUGUCAUCCUCUCUCUCUAUAUUUCUCUUAUUAUCUCUGUUACUUUGGGUUUUUCUUUCUCGCACUCAUUUUUUCUACACCCACAUGGCUUUUUUUUCUUUGUAAUUAACUCUUAUAUCUCUUAUUUCUUAUAUGUUCCAAAGGUUUAUGGAAAUCCCACUGAAAGGGUCUCUCAUGUCUGUACAUGUGCAUGAUGUUGCCCCUUUGCUGUGGGGUGAUUGGUUAUUUAUUUAUGGAUGUAUUCUCAGUUAGCUACUCUGUAUGGCAAACCCUUGUCCUUGUACUUGUGCUGCUGUUUGUUCUUUUUCUUUCCUUGUGUGACACAUACCUGUAUUUCCUUUCAUUUCAUCACCUCUAUAUUUUUAAACAUAUUGUUAUCAUUAUUUAAGAUAUGUAAUGAAAAGAUGCAGGCUGUCCUUUUGCUGAAACUGUUUAAUUGUUGGCAACUUUAUUAUUAUUAUUAUUAUUAUUAUUAUUAUUAUUAUUAUUAAUGUUGUGUAAAUAGCAACGUAUCUAGAAGAAUAAUUGAAAUAGGGAACUUUUUUUUUCUUUCAGAAAAAAUCCUAAUACCUUAGGCUGCUUGACGCAAAAUACCUCAGGUUCUAUUCAAUGGCUUUUUCCUUCCCUGUACCUGUUUUGUGAAGAUGAAACAAAAAUACAAACAUCAUAAAAUAA